AUGUCCCAUCCACCGCAGGGCCCUGGCAAUGGGCCUCCCAGCGCGGGAAUAGGUAUACAGCAUCAGCAAGGUGGACAAGGACAGGCCGCUCCAACAAACAGCAUGUCUUCACAGAACCUAAAUCAAAUUGUGAUAGAAUACCUCGUCAAGAAAGGAUACAAUAGGACGGAGCAAAUGCUCCGAAUGGAAUCGUCGAACCUUGACAAAGAUGGGAGACCGAUACAAGAACGAGUCGAGGACCUGGGCAAUCUCAAAUAUGCUCGAGGGUUCAAAAUGAUCAGUGACUGGAUCGAACAAAAUCUUGACAUCUACAAGUUCGAAUUAAGACGUCUGCUGUGGCCACUGUUCACGUAUUCCUACUUUGACUUGGUAUUCAAUGAUGCUGGAGCUGAGAUUGAAAAAUUCUUCCGCGAGUUCAGUCCUCAAUUCGAACGAGUCCAUGCCGAUGAGCUGCGGGUUUUCGAAACAAUCAAGACUCCUCAACAAUUACGUGACAAUUCGGUUGCUAAGCUUUAUCUCGGAACGAAGUACCGCAUACCAAUCAACUCAAACGUUUAUUACAACCUUCUCGCCCACAUCGAGACCAAAAAUAAGGAAGGUGGUUCGGUCAUCGAAUACUUACUGCAAUCUUUUUGUGAAAUGAAACCCACGGAGAGAGGUCCGCUUAACCAAUUCAGUUUCGAAGCAAUAAUCGGGCGAGGAAAAGAUCGGGAUUCUGAUGAUGCUGCUCUGCAAGAGGGAAUUGACGGCGCAUUCAAUGGUGUCACAAAUAGUGACAUUACGGACAACAAUGCUCUACUCAAACUUGGCAUGAUGCCGAUGGAAGGUGAACUCGCGCAAGAUGUUCGGGCAGAACUAGAAGAUGAGGACGCUAAGCAUCCGCCAUCGCUUGGGAAGAAUUCCCUCGUUGAAGAGUUCGAUCAGAACAUUAAGCGCGAGGAUAGUGCCGACGCGCCAAAUAGAAACGAGAUCCCACUCCCACCAUCCCGUGCCAGAGACGUCAUAAUGGAGGUCCAAAAGAUAAAGGAGAACAGGGAUCGCUUCCGAAUCGAUGGACGAACCAGUGGAGUUGGCGUUGGCGUUUCAGUCUGCAUGUUCACCUUUCACAAUACUCUCGACACCAUCACUUGCAUGGAAUUCUCAGAUGACACGAAUCUGGUUGCUGUUGGCACGGAGGAGUCGUAUAUUCGUGUUUGGCAUCUCCACGGUGAUCCGCUUCCUUCUAUCGUACAAGCCGGCGCAAAAGAUGGCCCGCCAUCUAGCUCACGUCGACUGAUCGGACACUCUGCCCCAGUCUACAGUGUCAGCUUUUCUCCUUCUAUCGCUGGCCCCGAAAGUUCCGAUGCUUCAACUCCAUCAACCGCUCCGAAACUCCUCCUGUCGUCUUCAUCUGAUAAAACUGUCCGCCUUUGGUCUCUGGAAGCUUGGACUUGCUUGGUGGUUUACAAAGGCCACGAAGGACCAGUCUGGAAUGUCCGAUGGAGUCCUUUUGGACAUUACUUUGCUACGUGCGGAUGGGACAGGACUGUCCGUAUCUGGGGACAAGACCAUAUUUCGUAUCUCCGCCUGUUAGUUGGACAUGAUUCCAACGUCAAUCAAAUUGCUUGGCAUCCUAACGGAGCAUAUGUGUUUUCAGCCAGUGACCAUGCCGACAAGAGUAUUCGCAUGUGGUCCUUCACAACUGGGGAGUGUGUUCGAGUCUUCGCUGGCCAUACUGAUUUCAUCAGUGCUAUCGAAUGUAGCCCCAGUGGUAAGAUUCUGGCAUCAGCUGAUGGCAGUGGAAACAUCAUAUUCUGGGAUCUUGCCAAGGGCCAAAUGAUCAAGAGAUGCAAGGGCCAUGGCAAGGGAGGAAUUUGGUCUCUGUCGUUCAGUGUCGAGUCUACAGUACUCGUAUCUGGCGGAGCAGAUGGUACCGUCCGGGUCUGGGAUGUUGAGGUUCCUACCGAUCCACACAAGCCUGAAGGAGAGGUCGUUGGCACUGGUGGACAAGCGGAUGCUACUCGUAUCAACGGUGCGACAGCUGGUACUCAACCGAGCACUGCUGUAGUUGCUGGCGGAAAGAAGAAGGGCAAGGAUACUACGAUCACUCCCGACCAAAUCAGUGCCUUUCCUACUAAGAAAUCUCCGGUCUACAAAGUCAAGUUCACCCGGAUGAAUCUGGUUAUGGCGGGAGGCUGCUAUUUACCUUAG